GUGAGAGACACUGGGAGUCAUGAGCCCGUGUGGAGCAAUAAGAGGGUGUGGCUUUUGUACACAGGGAGAACAGAUAAGCUGAGGUUGCCUCGUACAGAGACCCGGGAGUCACAGUCCUGAACAGGCGCUGCCUCGCGAGCACUCCUGCUGCAUAUUUCCACUCAGUCCCACAGCCGCUUGGAGCCAGAGUGUGAAGGGGAAGCGACCCAGAGCCUCAGAGAAGUGAAAAACUAAGCGGGGCAGGUUCAGAAAAGCGUCAACACUCAGCCAUGAAGGACAAAGUGAGAAGAGGAGGAGGACGAAAUCAGGCCAAGGCUGAUGUGAUCGGCAACGGUGGAGGUACGGACGCCGCUGUUAUUAAGCAAGAUGAAGAGUCAUCGUUUCCCGUAAAGAUCCAGGGGGCAGGAGUGGAGCCCUUUGAGCUGCAGGUCCAUGGCUUGUGGCUCGUUCAGGAUGUUGUGAUGGCACUGCUCGCGCGGGACGAGGUGUGCCCGCGCUCCAACCUGUCGCUGACUCUAGCCAGUACAACGCUGGAGCCCAUAGCAGAACUCCAAAGUGUGAAGGGCUUCAAGCCAGGAGCCGUCCUUCGCCUGGUGGAAGAACCCUACACGGUCCACUCAGCCAGGCUCCAUCUGGCCCGCGUCGUGGAGCUGCUGAGGGCACCCAGACCUCAGGACGCGCUCCGAGAAGGACGCUCGCCCAGCAUCCUGGAGACGCUCACGCACACACAGACGCCAGAUUCUAGUUCAUCAAAUGCAAAGAACCUCAAGCGCUCGUUAAGCAACACCAAGACAGAAUCAACCCACCAGGAUGGAGCACCCCCCGACUACCUGCUUCCUGGUUCUUCAGACAGACCCAUUAUGGCCCUGCUACCACACAGCUCCCAACCAGAGGCACCCAGUCACCUCAGGGACCUGUCUCUCAGCUGCUGGAACCCGCCUCCAGGACACAGGAAGCUGCAGGGUGACUUCAUGUACAUCACGGCCAUGACAAUGGAAGGAAGACGUUAUGACAUCACAGCUUGCCCUAAAGGUUUUUUUCUUAACAGGUCUACAGAGGAUGUGUUUGAUCCUCGUCCUGCACAGUCUUCUGCGGUUUAUCACUGUUUCACUGACUUGCUCUGUCACAUCAGCCCUGCAUUCAAACAAACCUUUACCGCUCUUAAAAACAGACCUCCAUUGCCACCAGUGGAGGCGAUGCCGACCCCUUAUCACACGCUGAGCUGGCUCGGACCUCACUGCGCAUCUCGCACUCACAAGAACGUCUUCAGCAGACUGGGAGUAGAUGAGCAGGCAGCGGCACAGGUUCCCGACUGGAAUGAGGAGCUGCAAGCAGCCAGAAAUCUCUCACAAAGAACUCUGGAGGAGAGACUGCUGAGAGAGAAAACUCUGCUCCAGGUAAACAGUGCGUUUGUGAGGGCGGUCAUGCAAGGAGCAGAGACCGUCCUGGAUGGCUUUGCUGAGCCAGUAAACGGAAACCCAGAGGAUCCUGCUUUCCUGUGGGGCGGCCUCUUCAUGAGCCAGGGUGCAGCGAGCGCAGUGUUUGGUGGGGAGAGGGGUCGACGGGCUGCUCAAAGACUGGAGCUUAAAGGGGUACAGGCCUACAGUGACCUAGAGGGGAUGGAGGGGCUGCACACUCUACCUACAGCCAUAGUAGACUACAGAGGAGUGCGGAUGUCUGCUCAGGGCUUGGCUCCUGGUUUGGAGGGCUCAGAUCCAGACCAGGCUGCAGCUCCUGCCUCUAGGGGUUUGCUGUACGGGGUGAAUGCAGGGCCACAGGAGUCCCCACAACGCAGGCAGCUACUUGCACUUUUGGCCCGUGCUGCCAAAUCCCUUGGCCUCCAGAGAAAUAUAGUAUUGGCUCCCAACGGUCACCAGGUUCCACUGUUCACCUCGGUGGACGCCCAAGGACUGCUGGGGGCAGAUGGGAGGCUUUAUGUUCUAGAUGUGUUUAGGACUUUCCCAGCUGAUGCCAACUUCUGUCCAGAGGUGGAGACAGAAAGUCAGGCGGUGAUCAGUGAAGAGAACAUUAACAAAACCUGUGAAGAGGAGAAGAAGGGUGGUGUAAAGGAAGGUUGGCCGGAGAAUUAUCACGCAGACUCUGGGCUUCCAAAAAGCUCUCCUCACGGACUCUGUAGACUGAGGCCAGAGUUGUUAAAGGCCUUCAUUCAGCACAAACACUGCCAGUUCACUCAGCGUGUCAGGGAGACACUGGAGGAGAACGGAGGCUUUGAGGAAUGUGCAAUCGCUUGUGACUCAAGAGCCACUGAUGCAGUGAGAGCUGCUUGUAAAGACGUGGGAUCGAUUAGUGACAACAUCUUUGAGAUGCGCUUCAACCCAAAUGUCUUUUCAGAAGGAGUAUCAUUCCCUCCCAGUGAAAGUUCGCCAACAAAGCUACAGCAACGACUACUGAGGGAGGCUGCAGCGUUCAUCAUCACAGACCAGAUACCAGCCUUUGUUGAAUAUUGCCUGCACAACAAUGAAGCACCAAUGGAUGGAGCUUCUCUGAAACAGUCACUGCACCAGAGAGGCAUCAACCUGCGAUAUCUGGGCUACGUUUUAAAGACUAUCAACCAAUCAGAACACAGGGAGCGUCUGAGACACAUAACAAGAUCAGUCAUUAGCGAAAUAUUUAUCCGCUCAACAAGAAGAGUGUUCAACGGUUUCCUCCAGGGUGUGGAUGUGCCGUGUCUUUCUGCAGCCGUCAGUCACUUCCUCUGCUGCCUGCUGGUUCCCCACUUCACACCCAGUCCAGUGGGGGAGGAGUCCAAGAAGAAGUCAAGGCGGCGUGGACGGGGGGCCAGCGCCUCUGAAAGCACGCCCUGGAGCACGCUCACGGGGAGUGAGCUGUGGAACCUGGUCUGUCAGGAUGCUGCUGAAACAUACAACAUCUCUGACAGCCUGGGCUCUGGGCCCAGCCACCUGGUGGAGUGCUAUGGUGUUCAGAAGCUGUCACUGCUCAGAGAGUUCUGUUUGAAGACUGGAGUACAGCUGAGACUGAGGGACUACUUGUUUGACAACCAAAACAAAGCUCCUAUUGGUCCAGAUGACAUCGUCAACAUGUUCCCUGUUGUGAAGUACGUCAAGAUGCCAACUGCAGAUGCUUCAAAAGUUUACGCUGCUGCACAGGGCUUGAUUCACAAAGGUCUGCUGGAUCAGGCCCAUGAAAAGCUGAAGGAAGCAGCCUACCUUUUUGGCAGAGUGUGUGAUGACCUGCACCCUGAGGCCUGUUACUGCCACAGCCUGUUGGCCAGGGUGGCCUUUCUGCAGGGGAAGGCACCUGAGGCUCGCAGUGUGCAACUAAAGACAGUCACGAUUAGCGAGCGGGUUCUUGGGUUUGACCAUCCAAAUACAAUCCAGCAAUACGUCUUCUUGGGUGUGUAUAUGUAUGCUGGAGGGGAGGUUGCCCUGGCUCAGAAGUGUCUUCUUAGAGCUCGUCUGCUAAUGCUAACGAUCCACGGAGAAGACCACCCCUAUACUGCAACACUGGAUAGUUGUCUUGGGUUGCUGCUGACAGGAGAUCAGGCUGGACAGUUCCUACAGAACGCCCUCAGACUUGACACCUCCUUCUUUGGUCCCACAGCCCUGCACACUGCUCUUAAUCACCACCUCUUGGCCCAGUGGAUGUGCAGUAAGGGCGACUAUCGGAGUGCUAUGACCCACGAGAAAGAAGCCUUGGCUGCUUUUACCUCCUUGUUCGGUGAGGAUCAUGCACAGACACGCUGCAGCAAAGAUUUCCUGAGCACCAUUACUAAACAAGCAGUGCAGGUGGAGCGCCUUCUCCGACAGUCGGGACCUGACGGCACAGAGCAAACUGUCGAGUGUCUGACUCCCACAACUGAAACCAUUUUGGAGCAAAUGGUUCUAGUGACAGGAAUCAGGAGGCUUGCACAUAGUGACAAAUUCCAGGAGUAUAAGCAGAAGCACCUGGAACGAAAAGCAGCAGCACAAAGGGAACUGGGGCUUAAACUAAACAGUGACCUUACUGUCUCUGAUACUGUGAACGGAGGAGAGAAAAGCUCUGCUAAAGAAACAGGAGGUGGGACGGAGGCGGAUGGAGGAAGCCCAGCAGUGGACAGAGCUGCUGCCGUUGCAGCCAGUGAUGUGGAGCAAACCCAGCAGGAGGUGAAAGAAGAUGCGGAAGGGGAAAAAUCAGCUUCAGAUCCUGAGGUGAAGAUGGCGAAUGGAGAGACAAAGCUAACAGCUGCAGGACAGGAAACUGGGACCAGUGUUCCAAAUGGAAUAAAGAGCAGCACAGCAAAUGGCAAAACAAAAAAUAAUGAGAAAAAUGGUGAAAUAAAUGGAGCAGGGGUCAUCACUGCUAAAGCAUCAGUUCUCAGCAGUAAAGGGACCUGGGCAGAUGUUGUUUCAAAACCAUUUGUAGCCAAUGGCCCAGCAGUCAAUGGAGUGGCACAUAAUGUCAGUGCCAAUGGAACAGCUGAAGAGUGAACACAAAAAGCAGUGUUAUAGUUACGUUUUACUGCUGUGAGAUACAACUCUCCAAGGAUCCAAGGUGUAAUUUGAUGGACAUGAAGCAAAGUUAAAAGAUAAGAACGAGGUGGAAUGAGAUUGCAGUACUUUGUGUUGAAGUUGCUACUACUGAUUCUGGGAAAGGGUUGUACUGUUGCGUGUGUUUUUUUUAACAAUAAACUCUUUACUCUGUAUUAAA